AUGAGGGCUGUGCAGCUGGCCGCCCUUCUGGCUUUGGUCUUGGUGCCCAGGGCCCGGGCCGUGUGGCUGGGGAGGCUGGACCCUCGGCAGCUCCUGGGGUCCUGGUACAUUCUCGCCGUGGCCUCGGGCGAGAAGGACUUUGUGGUGGACAAGGCCACGAAGAACAUCGAGGGGGUCAUGCUGACCCUCACGCCAGAGAACACUCUGAAGGUGCUGUCCUCCCGGAGCCGGCGGGAGAGAUGCCACCUGCAUGCUGUGGAACUGACGAAACAAAAUUCCAGAUGGGUGUUCAGGAAUCCCUCCCUGGGUGUGCUGGAGUACCGGGUGCUGGCCACCAACUUCAGGGACUAUGCCAUAGUGCUCACGCAGCUGGAGCUCCAGGACGAGGCCUUCAGCACCGUGGAGCUGUACAGCCGGACGGAGCUGGCCAGCCAGAAGGCCAUGGGCCUCUUCAGCAAGUGGAGCAAGGGCCUGGGCUUCUCGUCCCAGCAGCAGGCCACGCUGCAGAAGGACCGUGAGUGUCACCGAGCCUGA